AUGACAACCAUGACAACCAACCCCAAACCCUCCAUCCUCUACGCUACAAGCCAAUGGGAAAAAUUCCAACAAAACUUCACAAUAAUCCCCCACACCUCCCGGUCCAAAGCCGAAUUCAUCCACGCCCUCCAACCAGGCGGUCCCUACUCCACCAUAAACGGCACACUGCGUCCCGCGAUCUCAAAACCACAAACCGACCUCCCGCUCCUAGACAAAGAACUCAUCUCCCCACCUCCCCACGUCCUGCGAGAUCAUCGCGUCCGUCAACCACGGCUACGAUGGCAUUGA